CCAUCACCUAUCCGUCAUUUACUUUCCAACCUGUUGCGAGUAUUUGGAUUGUGGGUGGUUAAAGGAAAAACUAUCUGUUCAUUUAUAAAGGAACCAAGGUUUACGACGGUUCAGAAACAUAUAGUUGAUAGCAGUUGUUAGUUUGUAAAAAGGGUCCUUUCCUGGGGUCUUGGUCUUGGAGAAGAUCAGCCAUUCAAAAUCUAACAUCACGAUAUUUUGGAAAAUCGAAGCCUAUCGACCAUCGGACGCUGGAAUGAAAACUCAGUACUGAUUACAGGCAAACUUAAAAAUGAUUAAUUUAAAAGGCCAUAAUCUGCCUGAAAGGCAAAAAGAAUUGAACAAGAGGGUCAGGGAUGCCACAAAGAAGAAUAUACCCUUUGAAUCUGUUCGUGAUAAACAUGAAGCUACUGAUGUCGACAAGUUGUUUAAAAUAGAUUUGGCAUCCAAUUAUAAAAAUAUUGAUUAUAUUCUUAAUACAUUUAAAUGUGGUGACAGCCUUUAUAUAUCAAGAGCCUUAAAAUGUUCUUGGAUAUUUGAAGAUGAAUAUUCAAAUAUUAUUAAUCCCGAUUAUCUUCAUCAGAACAUAUUUCCAUUUAUGUCAAUUAAAAUGAAGAAAAAACUUCUAGUGGCAAUAUAUACUCAUCUCAAAUCUGAAGAGAGAAUCAUCGCUUUUUACAACUACUGCAUUGAAAAGAAACUGACUACUAUUGCUCACAAAUUUCUCAUUAUUACCCCUGAUAAUUUUAAACUGGAUAUUAUCAACAAAGGUCUGAAUUUGAAAGAUGUUUGGGAGGAAUCAGUUUUCCUUAAGAAUUUCUUUGGUGAUUCCAUUACUCUUUUAGAAGCUUAUUCGAAAACCAAAGAUGGAGCACAUAAAGUGCGCAGAUACUUGCUUGAUCUUCGUCAUUUGUAUUCUGUGUCAGAUGUCAAAUAUCUAGAUCUGAUAGAAAUAUUUGUGCACAUUGAAUACAGAAUGAAAUCAGAUGAAUUAGGAUUGAGAAUGUCAAAAGAUAUUAUGAAAAAACACAAAGAUAGAGUUUUGAAGAAGCCAUUGUUGUAUUUAUCGAUUUUGAAUAAAACUCAAGUGGUUAAAUAUAGUACGAUUGAAGAUGCAAAAUCAUUUGCUGUAGCUUUGCUGCCUUCGUCUGCUUCUAACUUCUGGUUAGACAAUUAUAGAAGAACAAAUAAGUACAUUCUUGAUGUAAUACCAAAGCAAGAGAUGUUUCCUUUCUUGAAGAAAAUAUUUUCAGAUGCUUAUCCUAAUGAGGAUUUUGAGACAUGUAUGCAUUUUUAUAAUUAUCGUUUCUAUGACAUGUUUAACGAAGAAGAGAAAGAAAAAUGGGCUUUAAGUCAAAUUGAGAGUCAACAAGAAGUAUUGGGACCAGGUAAAGAUUUUAAAUGGUAUCAGUUUGUUAAUUUUGAUAUCGCAUUGGAAGGUAUUAAGAAAUACAUAAUGAUAACUAUAGAUAAAGAAAAACGAGGUGAAAUGAUAAAUAUUUUAGUAGAAUCUGCUAAAACUCAACAAGAUUUGGAGAAGUUAUUUAAAUAUUAUUACGAAAGACAUGUCAAUGAGAGUUCAUCCAAUAAAGAACAUUUUAUGAAAACAGUAAUUAUUAAUCACAAUGUUUUCGAAUUUGAUGACGAAUGUUGGAAUGGAUUCAAUAAAAUUCUAUACAGUAUGCACAUAUAUAGUAACUCUGGUUUCUUCUUCAUGACAGACUUCAGGUUGCUUGUGGUAAUUUACAAUAUAGUUCAUGGCAAAGAAAUACCUGAACAAUUCAGAGACAUCUUAUAUUCUGGCUUCAAUUAUCUUUAUGUAGAUAAACUAUCGAUGGAGAAACGCCAAAUAUUAUACAAUUAUCUAAUGAAUUUGUACACUGUUAAAAUAAAAGAGUUUGAUGGAAAAAAUUAUGAAGGCGAAGAAAGGAAUAGUAUUCGACGUUAUAUAUCGUCGGUCCUUCGAGUGAUGGAGAUAUUUGAGAAAGUUAAAGAGGAUUGUCCCGAUCCUAUAAUGAAAUACAUCAAGUUAGAUUGGGAAAACUUUAAAAACCAUCACAUAUUAAAAGAGAAAGUAGUCGUCAAUAUAUUAGAAGAGGGUGAAUUGUUACGCCUGUUAAAGAAAGACGCAACACAAAUGAAGAAUAAGUUUCCAAAUAUAAAAGAAACUCUUGCAAAUACAUAUUCAUUCAGGAUUAACCAAUUGUUGAGAAAAUUGAAAAUUUAUUUUGCUAAAGACGUUGCCAAGGAUUAUCUUAAGUUCUUCCUUGAUAUAAUAUCAGAUCCUAAAAGUAAUCAUACUUUUAUUUAUACAUCAGUUUAUGGUGUAUUUCAAUUAUCCGAUGAAGAAUCUAAAGUAGAUUUCAUGUUCAAAUAUAAGCCUCAUGAACCGAAAAUUGCUCAUGAAAAAAUUAACUCCCAAUUACUUGAUAUACAAAGGGCAAUUUGUCGUUACGCAUGCUACUCGCGUCCACCCGUGCCGCUGUCCAAUGUCCUAAUGUACUUAAUUGGCGACUACGUUCAUUAUAGUAUUCCAAUGUUUAAUUACUAUUUCGUCAAUCUACCUAAACCACUCGCAACUAAAUUCAUAGAGGCGACGUUGAACGCUCCGUUGUCUAUUCAAAAACACGGAUUGCGUCUCGCUUUCAAAUCUUACAAUGCAGAAGACUUAAAAGUGCUCGUGUUAACAGUUUGGAAAAAUACGAAAAAUAUCUCAUUGAGGUUGCUGCUUUAUAAAAAUCUAUUUGAGAAAAUAUUGGCAGAAGACAAAGCUUCACAGAACGAGCUGUUCGAGGCAUUGAAAGUUUUCACAUCUGAAGUACACGAAGAUGACGACAAAGUUAUUUACAGUCUGUUAACUUCUUCCAAAUUACCGCAACGUUUUAUCGGGGACCUAUUAAAGACCGCGUGGGAGUCAGUCGGUCAAUUUAAAGAAAAGGGUGCAAAUAUAGAUACCCAAUAUCAAGUGCUGCGAGCUAUCAAAUCCAAUAUAACUUUAAUGGAUAGAAAAUUCGUAAAGGAAUCCGUUAUUAUGCCACAUGUAAAUGAAAUGUUAACAGAUAAGAAAAUUCAACCGCGUUAUAAGAGUCGUGAGUUAAGCGACAGGGUUAAAACUAAAUGGGCAUUGGUCGCUAAAUAUAUUGUAUCCGUACGAAACGAGGAAGAAGUGAAAGAUAGCAUUGUCUUGGUUACAUCUAUUAUAAAAAUGUGUGGCGAGAUGUGGGCAAUGGUUCAUGACAAUACGUACACCAUAAGACUGUUCUGUACGAACUUCAUAUCCAGUCUUCAUUUGAACAGUAACAACAACUUUGAGAAUUUCAAAUACGUUAAGACAAUAUUCGAAAAAGUAUUACAAACAGUUGAAGAGGUAUUGCCGUUAGACGAAAUGUAUUUGACAGUAUGGGAACUGCGGUUGGUGAUUAUAACCAAAGAGCUCUGUUCAAAUCUGGACUUGACCAAAAAGGAUCAAUCGGAGAAAAAUGAAGGCGGUAAAUUGUACGACGACUUCGCGGAUGAGGUCGGAAACUUAGCUGUUGAUUUAAUCAACAAGGGACAGUUUUACAGCAGCUUCCUUCCACAGAUAAACGAAAAACUAAUAAUUGAAAUCAAAGUGCUUGCACGUGUCACAGACGAAGAUCUGGAAGUGGUUUUAAUUGCAAUAUGUAAUCGUUUAACACGAUUCAAAUUCUAUGAGAUUUAUCUCUUAGCACUUAUGUUGCUUCCUACUAACAAAGAGCCUGCUAACUAUGAUACAUUUGUGGAUACUUUGGAGAAGAUUAAAGAAUUGGAUAAUCCGGAAAUACUAAGUUUUUUGCUUCAAAAAUAUAUCUACGGUGACUUUAAGAAGAGGAGAUAUGUCUAGAUAUUAGCAAGCAGAUUUUUUCGGCCUAAAAUGGCAUAAUAACUCCAUUCCAGCUCUUAGUAUAAGAGUAUAUGCUUUAUUUAUUUGCCAAUGUUCUAGGAAUUUCUCAUUUUCUAUGUUAGCUUUAAAUGUACGUAGACGUUUCAAAAACAAUAUCUUUACUGUAUGUUUAUAAAACGAUAUUAACCCCUUGGGUACGGAUUUUUUUGAGAAAGUUUUUGCAUAUGGAACGAAAAUAAUUUUUGGUUGCUUGGAGUAUGUAAAGGCAGUACAUUUUAUGUAAGAAUGUAUGUCAUCCGCUCUUAGGGGAAAAAAUUGAAUGACGUGUUUCAGACGUCAAAUGUAUCCAAGGGGUUUUAUUCAUAAUCUUAUUGUAUUAGUUUACAAUUUAAAUCAAUUGUAGUUAAAAACUAGAUGUAGAGAUCAGUAAAACCUAGUCAUUUCAAUAAUCAAGAAUUCAAUGUAGCCUAUUAGAAGAAUAAAAAUACUCAUUUCGGUGUUAGAGAAGAAAAAAAUGAAAAAAUUGCUUAUAAGCAAAAAAAAAAUUGUUUAAUCUUUCGUCUAAUACAUGUGCUUAUUUACGUUAUUCUAUGAUAGAAAAGGAUUACCUCGCUUUUUGAAUUAUAAUUGGCAUUUAUUUUUGUAUACGAAGUACAAGAUUUGAACAAAUUUGGUCAGAAUUACUUUUAUAAUGAAACUAUUUAUGUUUCUUUUUCUAUCAAACUAUUUUAGUGCUGUUAGCAUUAUCUAUAAGUUUUCUUAGUAUUCAGUAAUAUUUAAGCGACUUAUCCAUUGCAUAAAUAUAAUAUAAUUGUACUUA